AGUUAGAAGACCUGUUAAACAUGCGUCCCUUUCUCUCAAUCAUGCAUGCUAAAGCACAUUCCUGGAUGUGUGAGUUGCAAUGGGGAGGACGAAAUCAAGAGGGAGCAGGAACGACAAUAGGGGAGGAGGUUGAACAGACUGUACAAAAGAUUUCUGAGGAUCUUGAUAAGCUGACUAAAGAGCUGUCGAUACAGGAAGACACAGUCCAGCAAUGGGUGUCUGAUGUUCAAGAGUGGACUGCAGGAACAACCAGUCAAAAUGACCUGGAGAAAACCAUUGAAGGGCUGUACCUGAGCAUCAAGCAGAGAAAAUACCAGCUGUAUCAUCAAACUGAUGGCAACAAGCGGAGACAUCAACUAAGGAAAAAGAUUGCUGAAGAAAAGAGAGCUUUAGAAGAUGCCAUCACAAAGCGUAAUGCUGCUAUGGGGGAAACCGACAAAGUACCUCUUCCGAAUGAGCUCUUGGCUGAGGAAAACUAUUCCUGGCCAUGGGAAUGUCAUGGCGACAUGGUGAAUAAAAAAAGGCUUUAUGACAAAGUAAUGCUGCUGACCAGACUGAAAGAAGAGGAGGUUAUUGUGGUUCGGGAAGUUAAGCAGCACUGGGAGUACUUGAGGAGUGUGGUUGGAAUACUUAAACAGCUUUGCUCCCAGCUUUCUGAAGGGAUCACCCAGCAAAGCAGCACUGAAGCAUUGACGGAGAGAGGACGUGAAGGGCUACUCUGUCUGCUGAGGAGGAGAUUGUCUGCAGUACAAGCUCAGCAGGGUGCCGCUCGCUCAAUUUACCAAUGCGUUUUGGGAUUGCAAGCAUUGUCUCUGGAUGAUGACUCCACUGAUGAAGAAAACUUGGGCAGUUGCUCCUCUGAUGAAGAACUUUGACCACCCCCAAA